AUGAAUGAAAGCGAGCUUAUGGAUGAAUUUGAAGAAUUCAAAGAAACAAGCAAACUUAUUGAAGCUGAAUUAGAACUAGAAAUCGAAGAGAACAAAAUUCUAAUAAAAUCUCUUCAAGAAGAAAUCUUAAUUUUAAAAGAACAAAAUACAAACCUUAAAGUAUUAUCCAAUUAGUCUCAAUUUUAUACUAAAAUCCAAGUGAUCGAGAAAUUGAAUAGCGAGCUCAAUGAAAAAUUAAAAAAAUCCUGCCAAGACAGUGAGUCUUCCAAAAAGAAACUAAUGGAAAUGGAAUUGGAGAUGGAUAUGAUGAAAUCAAAGUUAAGAGAAAAGGAUUUUGAAGCUUAGCUAAAACUCAAACUUUAAUUACCGUUCUUGGCUUGCCUCGCUUAUUGGUAGCGCAGUCACCAAGGAUUCCCUAGGGAAUUCAUUCUCUUUGUAGCGUCGAUAGGGAGAACUUUUUUGAGUUGGGAUACUAAUCUGGUGAGAAUAAGGUCAUACUCCCACCUUUCUCUUCUCCACUGAUUACACCUGCGAGCUAGAUUCUGCGUCUUCAUCUCCUUCUUGCAUUGUCAGUUAUAGUGUUGAGUGGGAAGGAUAUUGCUGCUUGGAUUGAACGAAGGCUAAAUAAAAUUUAUGGGUCGACUCUCAUUAAACAGAUAAAAUUCAAAUAACUCCUAUUUCACGCUAGGAAGUUGCCCAAAUGGUCUAGGAAUGCGUGCGGACCUAGCUGGGCUUUCCCUUUCCAACUUUGAACCCAACUUUACCCUCAAGGCAAAUUUAAAUCUUGAAAGCGGACUCGGGCGAGGCCUUGUCAUUGCCAGAAUUGAACAGAGCAUUGCUGACUGUUUUUUGGUUAACAAAACCUUGAAGAAUAUAAAUAAAAUGUGCUCGGUGCUGCAUUGUUGGGAGGCAAAGUCCUGCCCAGGCGCCAUUUAUUUAUAUAGAUUUUGAAGCUGAGCAACUUAAUGAGUUUUAUAACAAAACGUUAGAAGAUUUGGCAAUAGCAUGCUCUGAGCUGGAUGUCUUAAAAGAGUACAGCGAAGAAAAUACGCAAAGACUAAAAGAUCAAAUAUCAGAUUUAAAUAACGAACUUAUGGUUGCUCGAAGAAAAUCCAUUGAUAUUCGUGCUUAUUUGUCAAGAAGUGAUUCUGCAAUCAGUAGGCUUAGUAUUAAAUCAUCACUAGAUGGACAAUCAUCUAAAACGAUAGUCGAUAUCCUUUUAUCAAAUCUAAAUGCCAAUCUAAUGAAAUAUAAACAAAAUUUAUUAUCACUAUAA